CCCGCCCCGCCGGCAGGCCCGGCCCUGCGUGAGGGGGAGGACGGGAGCGGUGGGGAGGGGAGGGCAACGGAGUAGAACGGAGAGCAACGGGUGCCACCAUGUUGUGCGGGGGUACCUCGGAGGCCCGCCCCGCCACCGAGGAGACGCAGAAGAUCGCGGAUGAGGUGAAGCCUCAGCUAGAAGAAAAAGAAGGGAAAACAUUUGAUGUCUUCACUGCAGUGGAGUUUAAAACUCAGGUGGUUGCUGGAACAAACUACUUCAUCAAGGUCCAUGUUGGCAAUGAUGAGUUCAUUCACCUGCGGGUGUUCAGAAGUCUUCCUCAUGAGAAUAAGCCGCUGAGUCUCCACAGUUACCAGAGCAGCAAGACUAAGCACGAUGAACUGGCUUAUUUCUAGCAAGCUUAUGUUGUGCAUUUCCUUAAGGCUUCUUAUGUGCAUUUUCUGUAGGCUGCAAAACGUUGAUUCCUGUGCCAACAGCGGAGAAAAGGAAGUGUCUGUUGUUAACCUUAAUGCUGGAGAAAAACAGUUGCUUUUAUGCCACUCCCUUCCUGUGCAAUAUCUAAAUUUUAGAGUCACGUGGCUCUGCUUUCACCUACGCUAAUGCAAACCCAAGUAGCUGCGCUGGCUUCAGUGCAACUUGACCAGAACACUGUGGCUGAGUCCUGUUUGUGGACUGCCCUGGCCUGGAAACUGAAAGGAGAUUGGCACUCAUGUAUUUGCAGGAAGGACCAAGAGGAAAACCUGAAUCUUUGCUGUGCUGUUUUGCAGCUGUGAGUAUAUCUGUAGAUUUAAAUUGUACUAUGUAUUUUAUUGGCAACGACCUGAGGAGAGACUUGAGCUGAAGCGAUUCUGAAAGCGAGAGAAAGAGGGGAGUGAUGGUCUUUUGAAACAUUCCCAUGUUUAUCCUUUUGCAGCAGUAGGCUAUAACGUCCAGUAGAGGGUGUAUGAGUUUAAAAAAAAAUCAACAGAAAAAACAAAACCAACCAACCAA